GGAGUCACCAUCCCUAGAGGUGUUCAAGAAACAUUUAGACGUUACACUGGGGGACAUGGUUUAGUGGAGAAAUAUUGGUGAUAGGUGGAUGGUUGGACUGGAUGAUCUUGGAGAUCUAUUCCAUCCUUACCUUGGUGAUUCUGAGAUUCUAUGAUUUAGGGCAUUUAAGCCAUGCACCUACUCCCUCCUGAUGAAGUCAGAAUUACCCCUAAGCCUUGUAGUAGCUUUAUGAUAGUUCCUUUGUCAUUGUUCUGCUUUUAAAAAUGAGCUUUUAGUCCCUCUAAGGAGGCAGAGAAAUGAGGCUUAGCUUUUGAUUAGUCCUGAAGUGGUCAGGCAGUUGUACUAGAUGAUCUUUUGAAAGUUCCUUCCAACUGAACUAUUCUGUUCUAGUUAGGUAGUUGUUUUUUGCAUGCUCUGGAAGACUUGUGGAAACUGUCCUGCAGCCCAAAAGCUAGUUGCAAAGCAGGCAAUACUUACUGUCUUAAUUCUGACAUGAAGUAAUUGCUUUGGAAUCUUUUUACUUUUCUUUUGUAUAGCAGGAGAAAUAUUUAUUUUAGUUUCUCUGUCGUGUUAGCUAUGUGUGAAAGGACAGCAGUGAAUGAGAGAUCCAGACCUGUUGCUUUUGUUCAGAAUGGUUUCAUGUAGGUUCAUCCUAGCCAACUAGAAGCUGGGUGAGUAGUCUAGUCUCCCUGUGGUCAUCCAAGCCUAAGACAGGUGAUGUGUGUUGCUUAUUGAAGGAGUUUCUUUCCCUCCAUUGAUUUGUAAAAGAAAAAGCUCAAAAUGUAAUUCAACAAUUGUUCAUGUAGAGGUUAUGGGAGCUGAUGUCUACUGUGAGACCACCCUACUACUAUUCUUAAAGGAGUGUUGGUGUUCCUCACUUAUCACUGCAAUUAAAAAUCUGUUAUCAUUUUGUGUGUCUGUAGAAUGAAAGUCUAAAAUUUUAUUGUGUUUCUUUGGUGAGUUUGAGGUAAAGUUUGAAAGACAGGGUGUAAUUUUCAUCUUCUGCUUACUGUAUAGCACUGUAUUGUGUUAAUGUCGUUUGUUUAUACUAUUUGUGUGAGUUAAUUUCAGAUUUAGUUCUGCACCAGGUAGUUCAUCCGUGUAAAAAAUUUAGUCUAGACUGAUUGAAGAAACUAGCAGUAAGCGCAUUUUUGCAAUCUAGGAGGAUCAUGAUGUAUGAGAACAGAACAGGUAUAUGCAAUAAGAACAGCUGAAGUGUCUUUUUUUUUUAAUAGGUAAAAGAAUGCUUGGAUAUUCCCAGUCCAAACAGUGGCAAAUGGCUACCUUCUCUCUCCCCCAAACCUGAAUGUUUAGUUCACCCUAGGUUCAUCAUAAAAGGAGGGGUUGCAUAUCAUUCCACCUGAUGAACAUGCCAGGAGUCCAGACCAGUGGGGUCCUGUGAUUUUUCAAAUGGUCUGCAUACAUGACAUUUUAUAAAUGGUUUUAGGUACACUUGUACUCCCGACAGUGCUGAUAAAAUUCCAGGCAAUUUUAACCCUAUUUUGUAGGCAGGAAAACCUGGUGCAGAAAGAGUUUGUGAGUCUGUCCUUGAAAAAGGGAGCUCUUCUUUUCUAGUCUCUCUGUCUGGCCUUCUUUAAUCUUGCUGAUGCUCUGAGGAGCCUGAAUAAGGAGCGUAAUUUAAGUGUUGUUUUUUUUUUUUUCUCUUUAAACUUCCUCUACUCUUUCAAUUGCUUUGUAAGCCACCUGGGAGGUGGUUUAAUGCAAGGAAAGAAGCCCUGCAUUAUUAGCAUGCUGCUAUUAGCUAAACAGUUAACUAGGGAAAACCAAUUGACCGUAGUAGUGGAGUGGAUUUAAUAUUAACCUGUUGGCUAUUGCAGGUAAGUUGACUUUAUUGAAAGUCACAAUCCCAUAGGCUUAGAAAACCAAAAGCAGUAGCAGGUGUAGCAAGACAUUUUUUUCAUCCCCUUUUUCUUGCUGCAGACGUUUUUCACAGUCUCUAUGUAAUUUAUAUAUCAAGGUUAUUUUUCUAGCUUGCAUUCCAUGUUUUUGAUAAUCAGUGUGUAGUUGUGAAGUGGGUACUGGAAACUUACAUAUUGAUGUUUUUUUUCCCCAGGAAAUGACUUGUUUGUGUCCAGGACAAGCUGAUCAGACUGUUCCUUGUCUAAUGGGGAGUGCUUUUACCAGUGCUGAGUGAACCAUUUUUGGCUGAUUAGCUAUUUAGCAUGUGUCACUACUUGAGGCUCAUGAAUUCAACUUUUGAGAGGAAAAUAAUGAUACAAAGAACUAAAUUUUUGUGAAGAAUAUUCUUUAGUAUGUUAGUUGAUACAGCUUGAAUAUUGAAUAUAUGGUUAGCUGUGAAUUGUGUACCUCCCACUGAGACUGGUGUGCGCUAUUAUAAGAAAUAUGUAGACCUUUUGUAAAUGGAGAAUUCACUGCCUUUCUUUGCCUUGCAUCUGGAAAAUAGCAUUACUUUGAUUUUUCAGUUGGCUUGGUGGGAAUGUUUCCCACCUUCUAUUUCUGUCAAACGCACAAGUCUGUUUCCAUGCUUAAGGUUAUUCUCAAAGAAGAUGAGAAAAGUGAAUGGGCCUUGGCUAUCAAUAAAUGUUUGGGGUGUUUCCUUCCUCCCAAGCCAUUUAUGAAAUUUUCAGAGGAAUAUUGCCUUCCUCUUUUGUUCUGAAUUCAGCAAAAUACUCAGAUUUCAACCAGCUAAAUGAAAAAUGUGAGAUUUCAAGAGUGGAAAUGCAGGCCCCUGGUUUGAGGGCUGCUUUGCAGGAACCAUCUUAUCUGUUCUUCUGGUAGAUGUUGGAGAUGUGAUACAUUUUAUCACUCAUGCCAACAGAAUGGCCAGCCUUGGAAUCUGGAACAGCAGAAGGCAUAGAGCGGCAUGUGUGAGAGUGUGCAUGGCUGGACUGUACCUUGCCUAACUUGAAGAGGAAGGAUUUGUAGUGGUCUAGUUCUGAGUCUGUAACUUGUUCAGGGUCUGCCUGUUAAUAGAAUCACAACAUCAGUGUCAACACUCAUCUGUGUCAGCGCUCAUCUGUUGUUGGAGAGUGCUGUCUUUGACUGAAAUGUCUGGGUUACGAGCUGAAGGCAUGGUAACAACCAUAAUCAAAACAAACACUCGCUAGAUAAGUAGGUCCAUAGAACCACAGAGUUGUUUGAGUUGGAAGGGACUUUUAAAGGGUGUCUCGUCCAACUUCCCUGCAAUGAACAGGCAUAAGUACUGACUGUAGUAACUUUCCUUAGAAUUCAUGGAUGCACACACAGCUUGUGAAUACCACCAAAGCAUCAGCAGCUUGAAUUUCAGUUUGUAAGCAUCCCCAGAAUAAUGCAGAGAUAGGACUUAAAAGUUAGUUUGAUGUCAGACUAAACCAACCUCCUUUUGGUUCUUGAGCAAAUUAUGGGACUGUGCUAGUGAUGCAAAUAGUUGGAUUCUUUCUGAUCUCUCCCAGUACCUUGCCAGAUUUACCCAAACCCAGAAUAAAUGGCUUGCAUUAAAUCAUUUUGAAAUUGCAUAUAGCAGAUACAAUUGUCCUAGAUUUCUGGAAUAUUAAGCAAAGCAGUACAAGGUUAUAAACAUGAGUGAAUUUUUUGCUUGUUCAUUGAUGACAUCACGUACUUCACCAAGGAACAGAAAAUAAAAACAAAUUUGGAACCAACAAAAAGUGAUUAUUUGGAUACUAUGGGUGAUCUAUUGCUAUUUAAAAGGAGAAAUCUGUGAGUCUGAAUGGCAUUUGCAUAGUGGUUGCUUUCAGCAUAACCUGCAACUUUUUUUUUUUUUUAGUCGUAUCCUUAGGAAAUUGAGAGAUUGUGCCUUGAGAUUGUUAAUACUUGAACAUCUAAGUUUAAAGUUAAGUCAUGUAUUUGCUGCUAACAAAGAUUGCCUCUAGAAGACUUACUUCAAUAACCUGUUCAGGCAGCAAUUUUGCUGCCUCCUCUACAGUGAAAGCAUAUUCAAGUAUGCCUUUGUUUCUGCAGCAUUUUGGUUAGCUUUCAUUCUUCCUUCAUAUGAAUCACGCAAAAGUCUUGUAGGUUUUUGUAAUUUGAAAAGGGAAUGAGUCUGAAAUAUUUUCCAGUGAGUAGAAUACUGAAUCUUUUGUAUAGAUGUACUUCAAAGGAAAACAGUGUUUUCUAUUGUUGGAAAUUCAUCUUUAAAGACAUUUUCUUUCCCAUUUCGGCUAAUUUCUUUAAGUGUUUCUGGACAAGGUUUAUGGGGUUUUCAGUUGAAACUCCAGGUGUAUUACUAUCAGAAUAUUCUAGAUUACUGAAAGCUCCAACAGUCUUACAUUGGUUUCUACUUCCAGUUGGUUACCAGGUUACUGCUGUAAGCAUAGUGUUUCUUUAUCAAUGUAGGUAUGAUACUUAAGAAAUGUGGGUGGUUUUCAUUUCUUGUCUUUUAAUGCUAGGGUGUUUUGGAUUCUUUUUCAUUUGACAGAAUGAUUUAAGGUUAUACACAGCCUUUGCAAACCUUUGUUGCCUGAAGGAAAUUCAUUCUGUAGAGGAUUUAUUAGCAAGAUCUUAUCAGAGUGGACACCUUGUACCUUAUGAGAACAAUUUGUCCUCUUAACCUCCAGGGGUAUGAUACACAGGAAUAUUUAUGUUCUGGAGAGACUGCCUUUGAAAACAUGAAAAACAGGUGGGAAGGAGGAAAAACGGGAGCCUAUCUGACUUGCUUGUUAAGUUAUCGCAGGGAAAUGAGCUGUUUACCAGUAAGAAAGGGUCAUUACUGAUGAAAGGAGAUGGAAAAUGUAUUUCCACUUUACAUAACAAAUGCUAAGGCUGAUAAAUAUUUUUUCCCCCCAAGCAUUUCUUCGAGAUUUGCAAAACCAGCAGUGCCACACAGUCCAAGUAUCCAAGGAGCUAAAAGACUUAAAUUCCUCUUCUCCUUUUGUUUUAUUCCACGUUUUUAAAAGAGAAUGUAAGACUACAUACAUGCCUCACUUUGUAUUUGCUACUCAUGACUUAACACAUUGACCGUUUAAAUUCAUUUGGUUUUCACUUUCCCUGUGUAUAAAACACAAGAAGAAACUUCCUGCUUUUACCUGGGUAGUAAGAAGACUAGUUAGCAUCUCUAAAAGUCUGUAAGGAGAACUGAUGUUUCCUCUCUUCAGAGAGCCAGUAUUUCUCAAAGCGUGGUCCUAGACUACUGACUCAAAUGAAGAAUGAGCUAAGAAAUUACUGCAGUAUUUUUUUAACGUAACUGUAUUUUUGGAGUGUGGAGCUACUAUGUAGUAGCUGAAUUGUUGCAAUUUCUACUGCACAUUUAAUGCAUAUUUAAUUUUAGAGUGAAAUCGCUUUAUGCCUUUUUAAUGAGCUUCAAAGUUGACAAGGAUUUAAGCUGUUUAUGGCAACACUCUGGAUGCUGGUGUUACAGUAGCUAUCUUGAAAUAAAACAAAGUGAAAGAACUUCACAGUAAGGGUGACAGAGCACUGGAACGGGCUGCCCAGAGAGGUUGUGGAGUCUCUUUCUUUGGAGAUAUUCAAGACCCACCUGGAUGCCGAGCUGUGCAGCCUGCUGUAGGGAGCCUGCUUUGCAGGGGGGUUGGACUCAGUGAUCUCUGGAGGUCCCUUCCAACCCCUACAAUGCUGUGAUUCUGUGAAACAAUAGCAAACAAUUUCAGUUAGCAUGCUGUUUCAUGAUCUAAUUAGAAUUUCUAUGCUUCUAGUUAAUAUUCAUGGAAAGCAAAAUUUCUGUUUAGUGGUAUCUUGCGUUUACUUGCUCAAGGCGAAUAUAAAGAAAUGCCAUGAGAUAUCCUGCUUGAUGUUUGGAAUUGUCAGGAAUGGGAGUCAUUAACAUGCCAUGAUUGUUUGUGCUGCUCUUGUGUUCAGUUCUCUGAUGAAAUACAAGUUAACAGCAAAUUUCUUACAGAUGCUGAUCACUGAUUCAAUGUAAAUGCAAAUAGUCCUUUGUCUGAGCUAUGAUCUUUUCAAAAUUCACAGAAGAAUCUGUAAUUGUUUCCGAAGAGACACUGGGAUAUUGUGCUAUUCCACUUCCUAGUUUUUUUAGCCAUACCAGACCCAAAAAUGAAAGAAGAAUCCCAAGGUGAACUCCUUUGGCGGCUGAAGAUGGAUCAGCAUGUCCAGCACAGACAGCCUUGUCCUAUCUCCCUUCCUUUCUCAGCCUUAGGAUCUUACAGAGGUGGUGACAUCUGAGGUGCUGAUCACAGCAAGAAAUCUGUGUUUUUGUGAAUGUAACCGUUUUGCAUUUAAAAAGGGAGAAAUUGAGGCUUAGAGAAGUGUUCGAUCUGAAUCAGAUAUCUAUUCUAACACUGUGAAAUCACUGUGUUCCGACUGCUCUACCAUAAGCUUGUUGAUAACUCUUUUCAUUAGUUUGUUUUCCCCAUCUCUCUGCCUUGGUGAAGCAUGUGUGCUAAUGGUGCUACUGAUGUGGUAUCAGGCUGCUUUCUGCUGUUGGAUUUGUAUCGCCUUAAGGGAAUUUAAAGGCAAGUUUAAAAUAAAGCUUCAAGGAAAGCAAAACAUUAUUGUGAAAAACGAUUUCUGAAGUUCAGUGAAGCUAAAGUAUAUGCAACUUGAUGUGUAUAAACCAAGUACGAAGCAGAGGAGUGGGUCUUCUGGAUAUAAAUAAGUAACUGAUAUUUGGGGAAAACUGGACUAUAAUUUGAAAGUCAGCAAAUCUUAAAACAUCUGUUUAGGAUUCUACUUUUGAUUGAGAGCAUUCAAGAAACAACAUGUUUUAUUUAAUCAGUAGUGUAAAAGGAGGGGAGUGACUUUGAUAGUUUGCUGUGGUUUUGCUUUUUAUUUUUUUAAACUCCAGGGCAUGAGAUGAAAGUCACUAAAUGUCUAAGUAUUCUUGUUUGUUUUCUUCAUAGUACAGGGUGUAGCAUUAUUGAAGACUUGUUGAUUAUAUAAUUCUUCUUUAUGGUGCUGAAGGUGAGCUUGGCUCCACACUCAUGUGAGUCUCUGAAGGCUUCCUCUCAUGUCAGCAGCCUUUGUUUGCUCCUUGUAUCACCGAUAUUGCCCCAUAACUGGCAAAGUGUCUCUAGGACUAAAGGUACAUCCCAAGGACUCUAUAAAGUGGCUUCCCAAGUCUCCUAAGCUGUACGGUGGCCAUAACUGGAGCUCCCAGGGCUCUCGCUGGACCUCGUUAAAAGGAAAGGAGGGUUUUCAUGGUGGUAACCUGUACAAACUCAGCUCUGCCAAUGGGAAAUGGAGGGAAGGAAGGAUCAGCCCUGAGCAAGAAGCAGAGGAGCUGGAGGAUCCUGACGAAGAUGAACCUGUUUCCAAGUUUUCUGGCAGCCUCUUUGAUAAUGAUGUUCAUGUAAGAGAUCAAAGAAAUUCCAGAGCAGCUCUUCAAGAGAGACACAAGUCAGCAAUGAAGGGGAAAACUGCUCCAGGGACUAACAGCAAGACACAGGCCCAUGUCUCGGCAGGCAGCUUGCCUGGAGAGGGCGGCAGGUUUCUGGAGGAAUCCAGAGCUGCAGAUGGGACACAGCCUCCGCUUAAGAUAACCAUUACUGUGUGCAGUCAAAUGGGGAGUCUUGGUAUUAGCAUUGCUGGUGGAAAGGGCUCAUCUCCAUAUAAAGACAAUGAUGAGGGAAUUUUGAUUACACGGCUACCGAAAGAUUGUCCAGCAGAUGUGGCUGGGAUGCAAGCAGGAGAAAGAGCAGCAGAGGGAUCCCUCAUUUCAGAACCCAGCACCCACAAUGCUGGUCCUACUGAAGCUUCAUCUAAAGGCAACCCCUUCCAGACGUUAAACCAUGUCAUAACAAUACCUCGAAUAAUCCUCACACGCCCUUCGACCUCUGAUGAAGAUACUGACCAGCUGCCCCCAGAUCCAGAUGACUUUGAGAUGGAGGAUCCCGAUGGCACAGAACGCCGCGCCUACUCAGACUGUCUGAACAGCGCUUUUUAUCCUCCCUAAUAAAGAAGUUUUUUGGAAAGACUUUGUGAUGAUUAUUUUUUUUUCCAGUUGUUCAAUGGCAUUUAAUGUAAUACUGGAACCGUUAUGCCUUAUUUGUAGGUAAAACCAUAACAGAGGAUGGAUUUGAACUGCGGUGAGGGGAGCACAACCCGUGUUUGUGUCUGGUUGUUUUGAACUCUCCUUCAGCCAGAACCUGAGUGCUUGAAGCAGCAUGCUCUGGGUGGGGUGGUGUGAAUGUCCCCACGUGCUGCAACACCCUCCUGUAAGUGCGUUCUACAGCAGCUAAAGGCAGUGAUGAAAACAACAGAUGAUUUUGUACUCGUCUGGAAACACGGUGAAAACAACUGUAUGUAUAUAUGUAUAUAUAUCUCAAAUAUUGUGUCCAUUUUGUGUCUAUAUAGCUUACCCUUUUCUCUACCUGCAGGUUCCUUUGAAUUGUCCCUUUUAAUGUUGUUUUCUAUAACAAAAUAAAAAUAAAAAAAAAUAAAAAAUUGUUUUCUGUCUUCUAAAUAGUGCUGUUUUCCCCCCCCCCCCAGAGAAAUGUUAUUUACAUUGGAAUUCUAUAUUUCAUUUUAGUGUAAAAAAAAAAAAGUUUAUCCGAGUAUAUUGGUAACACAAAUGUAUAUCAGAUUUGAGUAGCACCUGCAAGUUACUUUUUAUGAGCUCUCGAAAUGAGGAAAUCAUCUUACACAGCCAUGCAUCUGCAGAGAAGCAACUUCUUACCCCUGAUGUAUUAUUUCUCCUCCUGACUUGCAUAUAGGCAGAACACCUUAAAUUUGCCUUAUGGCAAUAUUCCAGAAUUCCAUGUGUAAAUAUGUAUAGGAGAUGAGCACUGAAGAAUAAAUGUUCAUGUACAA